AUGCCGCACACACCACAGAGCCUGGCCAUGAGAUUGCUGAAUAUGAAUCGAGAGGGAGCAAACAAAGUGCACCGUGCCAGAAAGACCAUUCCACGGGCAGGCAACGUGCUGGGGGAUGGAGGACAUAUGUCUGAUGGAGAAAAGCAGAUCCAAAAGAAAGACUCUGAGGGGCAGAAGAGGGAUAGCCCAGAUUCUACACAGAAGAGAACCCAGAGCUCUGAUACUCCAGCCAAUAAAUUCAAAGAAGCUGAGAAUCCGUUGGCAGCUUCUGCUCCUGGAUCAUCCCGGGACCUGGAUGGGGCAGAAGGUGAAGACUGGGAGGCAGAUGUUGGCGCAGAAUUCAGCCUGUUUUAUGACAGCCUGUCAGUAGAGGAACAAGGGGACAGUGACAGCAAGGAAGACGAGGGAGGAGGAGGAGGAAGAGGAUGGUUCUGGGAACCAGUCAGAAAGAAGUUCGAGCAGUCUGAAAAAGAAGAGUAAGAAAAAAUGGAAGAUGGACAAGGCCUGGCUCAAACCAACAAGGAAAAGGAAGAGGAGAGACCGAGAGAAACCUGGCCCAGCUGUCCCUUCCAUUGGGGGAUCACAAAGUGAGUACACAGAGGUGCCUCUGGGAUCCUUGGAUCUGCCCAGCGAGGGGGCUUUGUCUCCCAACCAUACAGGUGUGUGCAACGAAUCGAGCUCCAUGGACACUGAGCGUUUCGAGGAACUGCCUUUGUGCAGCUGCCGUAUGGAAGCUCCCAGUGUGGAGAGGGUGUGCGAGCAGGCCAAUAAUAUGUGUAUGGCUACUGAGAGCGUAGAUGGAGAGCUGAGCGGUUGCAAUGCUCCCAUUACUAAACGGGAGACAAUGCGUCCAUCAAGUAGGGUCCCUCUUAUGGUGCUCUGUGAAAACCACCGCGCUCGCAUGGUCAAACAUCACUGCUGCCCAGGCUGUGGCUAUUUCUGCACCAGUGGAACGUUCUUGGAGUGUCAUCCUGAUUUCAGGAUAAAUCAUCGCUUUCACAGGGCCUGUGUCUCUCCCCUGAAUGGAAUUAUCUUCUGUCCACACUGUGGAGAAGAUGCCACAGAAGCAGAACAAAUUACCAUUGCAAAGGCGGAUACACCAAUUCCAGUACCUGCACCACCCCACCACGAUGGCAGUGCCCCUGGAAGGGCUGACACCACACAGCCCAGUGCCCGGAUGAGUGGCAUGGGGGAUGGAAAACGUUCAAUUUUAGAGGACCGUCCUGAAAUCAAUGGGGAGACUCUAGGGCCUUCUAUCGUCCUUCCAUCAGGAGUGUCUCUCAGUGCCAUUGGUUUGCCACCUGGUCCUGCACGUGAAGCACUGCAGAAAGCUUUGGCUUCCCAAGAGACUGACAAUUUAGCUCAGCAAAAGAGGGAUCGCAGGAAGAAGAUCCGCUACAACUCUCGGCAGCUCUACCUGAGUGUGAAGGCUGGCGAGCUCCAGAAAGUGCUGCUUAUGCUAAUGGAUAACCAGGAUUCCAGUUUCCUUAAUGACCAGCAGUUGAAGAGGAGUCCACUGCAUGCUGCAGCAACGAGAGGAAGUCUGGAGCUCUGCCAUGUACUUGUGCAGGCUGGUGCCAGUAUAAACGCCACUGACAAAGUCCUGCGCACCCCUCUUCUUGAAGCUGUCGUGAACAAUCAUACAGAGGUUGCCAAAUAUCUAUCUCAGCGUGGAGCAUGUGUAUACCACCAGGAAGAAGAUGGCUCAACUUGUCUUCAUCAUUCAGCCAAGAGUGGAAAUCUGGAAUUGUUGAGCUUUCUGCUGGCUACAGGCCAAGUCAAUGUCAAUGCCCAGGAUAAUGGUGGUUGGACACCUAUCAUCUGGGCAGCAGAACACAAGCACAUCGAUGUCAUUCGUACAUUGCUGACUCGGGGGGCAGAUGUUACACUGCAGGACAAUGAGAAGAACAUCUGCCUGCACUGGGCAUCCUUUACCGGCAGUGCCGAAAUUGCAGAGGUUCUCCUCAAUGCACAGUGUGACCUACACGCCGUUAACUUCCAUGGAGACACGCCCUUGCAUAUUGCAGCCCGGGAGGGCUUCAUCCAGUGUGUCAAUCUUUUCCUGUCUCGUGGGGCCGACACAGAAACGCGUAACAAUGAAGGCGACACACCAUGUGACCUUACACUGGAGCACACUGAUGUCUGGUACGCCUUACAGCUCAACCGCAAGAUCCGGCAAGGGAUUCAGAACAGAGCUGUGCGCACUGAGAGGAUUAUCAGCAGGGAUAUUGCACAUGGCUAUGAAAACUUUCCUAUCCCUUGUGUGAAUGGUGUGGAUGAGGAGCUUUGUCCAGAUGACUAUAAAUAUGUAUCGGAGAACUGUGAAACAUCAGCCAUGAGCAUCGACCGCAAUAUCACCCACCUCCAGAACUGCAGCUGCCUGGAUGACUGUUCAUCUAGUAACUGCCUGUGUGGACAGCUGAGCAUCCGAUGCUGGUAUGAUAAGGAUGGUCGUCUGCUUCAGGAAUUCAACAAGAUUGAACCUCCGCUCAUUUUUGAAUGUAACCAAGCCUGUGCCUGCUGGCAAACAUGUAAAAACAGAGUGGUACAGAGUGGCAUCAAGGUCCGGCUCCAGUUAUAUCGUACAGCGAAAAUGGGUUGGGGAGUGAGAGCUCUACAGGACAUUCCACAAGGAUCUUUCAUCUGCGAAUAUGUAGGAGAGUUGAUUUCAGAUGCAGAAGCAGAUGUUCGAGAAGAUGAUUCCUAUCUGUUUGAUCUGGACAAUAAGGAUGGAGAGGUAUACUGUAUAGACGCCAGAUACUAUGGGAACGUCAGCCGUUUUAUUAACCAUCUGUGUGAGCCCAACCUCAUUCCAGUGAGAGUUUUCAUGUCCCACCAAGACUUGCGGUUUCCUCGAAUUGCCUUCUUCAGUGGAAAGGAUAUCAAAGCGGGAGAGGAGCUUGGGUUUGACUAUGGUGACCGUUUCUGGGACAUUAAGAGCAAAUACUUCACAUGCCAGUGUGGCUCUGAGCGGUGUAAACACUCAGCCGAAGCGAUCGCUCUGGAGCAAAGCCGCCUCGCCCGAUUGGAGGUUCCUGAAACAGUGCCAGUGCCCGUUCCCCCUCAGAAUGUGUGA